CGCAGAAAUCAUAGAUAGAGCAUAUAGAAUUGGCAAGGCAAAAACAAAACCGGAGAUCAAAUACGUGAACAGGCAGUUAUCGUAAAAUUCAAUACCUGGGAGACGAGAGUUACUGUUUAACAUGACAAGGAAAAGCUGAAUGAUGUAGCAAUUAAACCUGACUUAACACCUCGCAGGGCUAAACUUGAUUCUCUUGCACGUGAAAAAGCUAAAGUCUCUGACAGAAUCGAAUUCGCCUUCGUGGACAUAAAUUGCCGCCUUGUCCUGAAUACAGAAGAAGGAUCGCUAGAAUUGUUAAUGCUGAAGAAGGGCUGGGAAAACUAACAGCGAUGCGUGGUUCAGUUUCUUGAACCUUUUAAGCUUCAAGAGCAGUUUCAGACGUGGAAGGAAAAAAUGAAACAGCUGCAAAAAGAUAAGAAGAUGGAGAAGGUUCAUGAACAAAUUGCAAGGGUACAUUUCCGCAAAUCACUUAUGGAGAAGUGCUUCUAUGGAUGGCGAAAGGAAUGUUUAGUUGAGCGAAUGCGAAUGAAAUUGGAUUUAAAACUUUGUGCCCAGUAUUUUUCUGUAUGGAAGGAUCAAAGCUUAGGAUCGAACAAAGCUGAACGCGCAUAUGAUCAAAUGCUGUUGGAAAGGUCUUGGAAGCGUUGGAGGAAAGUGAAAAUUAAACUAAAAGUAAUAAGAGCUAUGGAGAUCAGGCGCGCAACCAGAAAUUUCAGAGGGCAGGGGUCCAAGACACAAAAAGGGCACUAAUUAAACUUCAGAAAAGGUCCACCGGGGCAUUUGUUUAGGUACACCGAAAAUAUGAGCAGUUAGUAAAUCUGCAAAUAUUGUACGCCAGACAAGGGAAACUGAUCAAUAGAGAAAAGUUGUGGUGUACGGUUUAUUUUGUGGUGAGGUGUGAUGAAGUUUAGGAGGCCCGAAGGAGGGGGGAAAUGGAAAAAACAAUGCCUCUUGCGAGCGAAGCGAGCAAAAAUUUCGCCACCACACCCUUGCAAAUAGCUUAAAUUCACUAAUUCGUUCAAGAUGUUUUACUUUUUAAUUGUAAUUUUGUUACUUUUAAUAAAUUCCAUUUAAAAACGGAAUUCAUUGCUUUGUGAGGCUCCCUAGACCUCGAGGCCCUAGGGCAAUUUGCCCCUUUGUCCCCCUCUCGGCGACCCUGCUGUCAUCUCCUUUUCCCAGCGCCAGCUCACUUUUGAAUAGCAACCCAUCAUCUUCCAUAUCCGAAGACAUUUUGCGCUUUAAAAUAUUAUUAUUGAAUUCUUUGCUUCGCACUACAGAUUGGAGGAGGUUGAACUGUUCCACGAGCCUUGCCUUCAGCU